AUGGGUUCUUGGCCAUCUGAUGGCUCAACGUCCGUACAAAGGAUCGUGACGGGCCUGCCUCCGAGCUAUAGCUUGAAUACUGAUGCACAGGUUCAGCGUAGCAACCAUACGCUGUGGUGGGUGAUCGAGAGAAACGACACUGCGACAGCAGCCCUCACCCUUGGCCACCCCGACUUCGAUAUCAAUUUGUCCGACCGUUAUGGGGUAACUCCGAUCGCUCACGCAGCUUCCCGAGGGCGUACUUCUAUCGUACAGUUGUUUCUAGAUGAACCCACAGCCAACGUGAAUGCCAAAGACGAUUAUGGAAGUACACCACUGGCGCGAGCCGCUGAAGAAGGAUACAAGGAUGUGAUAGAAGUAUUGCUGGGACAUCGAGAUACUCAAGUUGACUCUCGAAACUUGUUCAACGCGACACCUCUGGCAUUGGCAGCGGAAGGAGGGCAUACCGACAUAGUGAAACUACUGCUUAGGCGCAAAGAUAUUGAGGCUGACUCGGUGGACGAUGAAGAGUGCACUCCCCUCGCACGGGCAGCAGCAAUGGGCCACAAAGCAAUCACUUGCCUACUUCUUGACCGCGUGGAUGUCGCGAUCAAUUCCAGGGAUAAGGACGGGUAUACCCCUUUGGCAUGGCGGCACGGAGAGGCCAUAGUGCCGUUGUGA